AUGUACAUUUACAUUACUGGUAUAUUAUGCACUAUAGGUUUGAUCAUUUCACAAGGGUUUACUGCUACUACAAAUUUACCUGAAGAUCAAUUAGAUGAACUUAAUAUUAUAAAUAAAUAUUUAAAAUUAAAGGGAAUUAACAAACAAUUCACCGAAGACGAUCUCCAGAACUUGCUGAAUAACAACGAGAUUGAUAAGCACCUUGUGAAGAAAAUAAACAAUACACAUCCUAUUGAAACUUAUACUCAUAAACAUGAUGAACCCAUAAUCCCUUUGUGGAUUAUAAAUCCGCCAUACUACUUGGCUGAGAAGCUAUUUCAACUAUUGGGAUAUCUCAUAAGAUACGAUGAUGGCCUUGAAAUAUAUCGACCAUAACGUCAGUAUCACAACUACAUAGUAUGGGAAUGAGUUCAACAACUAUUCUUAAUAACUUUGUUUGAUUUUCUUUAAACAUUUUGAAUGAACUAAUAAAGGAUGUUGAUAAUCAUUUUAAUGAUUAAAAAUAAAUUAGAUUUUCAAUUUUUGCCUUCUUCUGAGUAAUGUAAGUUAUUAACCUUAAUUAAGAGUACCUAAACGAAGAUUUGUCACUAGAAAUUACUUAUGUUCGUUGUAGUAUCACAUCUUUAGAAUCAAUACGCAUGAAUGUGAACACAGGUUCAUUUCAAACAUAUAAGUCUGAAACUUUAGGUAUUGUAAUAAAAUUAUUUUAUUGACAUUUAUUGUCACUUGUUAUGCUGAUCAAAUGGUGUUUUGUAGUAAGUGUUAGGAGAUAUAAACUGAAGUUUAGUUGGUAUGAAUGUAUAUCGUGAAAUCUUGACUCGAGCCAAAGAACACCUUAGGUAUAUCUAAUAACCUUGUAGAACUGGAAAGACUGCAAAUUAAAUCGGCAAUAGCAGUUCAUGCCAUUUUCAACAACCAUCAUAUCGAUUUCAAAAACAUCAAAAUAAUACAAAAAGGCUUUUUCAACCACAACUAAUUCCACUGCCCUCAAUAGAAAAGGAGGCUUCAUCAUUCAUCCGACUUGGACCAUCUAUCUAAGUUACAAUGUCUGAUUCCAUUCACAUUUCAUACUAUUACCGUAAGUACAAAUUAAACUCUAUCCUUUCCAAAAAAUGUCACAUUUUUUCAUCCCAUACACACACACAAUGUACGAACAUGCCUCAUAUAAAUCACGUUGACCGGAAUGACGUGACAUUGACUUAGUUAGACCUGCUUUUGGUUGAUCGCACCCGGUAUUCUUGCUUUCUUCUAUUUAAACUUGGGUUAAUUUAAUUUGGUUAUUUAUUCCCUAAAAAAGUGGCUUACACUGAGUCACGAAACGUCAGAAAACUAUAUUUUUUACUUAUUUGGAUACUACAAAUAUAUCAUUUUUACUUAUCUAGAUUCCUCAAGCAGAAAAAACAACACAUUAUAUCUACCAUUAUGAUUCGUAUCGGGAAUAAUUUGAUUAGACCCCCCUAGUCGAAUUACUUAAUGUUACUGAUUCCGGCCUUGGAAAUCCGGUACCAUAGUUCACAUAUAGAAUUAAAAAUAUUGAAAUAUGCUAAUCAAAAUUACUGUAGAUUGUAUUUUCAUAAUUUAGUGAGUUAUUUAAUAACCAUUAUGAUCGGAACCUAAUUUUCAUUGGUACUAAAAUUGCUUUAUGCUGAGUAAACAACAAACUUAAUUAAAAUUUUUAACGUAUUAUCAGAUCUCAUAAGAUACGAUGAUGGCCUUGAAAUAUAUCGACCAUAACGUCAGUAUCACAACUACAUAGUAUGGGAAUGAGUUCAACAACUAUUCUUAAUAACUUUGUUUGAUUUUCUUUAAACAUUUUGAAUGAACUAAUAAAGGAUGUUGAUAAUCAUUUUAAUGAUUAAAAAUAAAUUAGAUUUUCAAUU